GUUGAUCCUUCCCGAUGUCCAAGCGUACACACGAGACAGUCACUUUUGUACUACGGCACACACGCGUAGGAGUUUGGACAACGACGUGCGCGAUCGUCGACGUGCCUUCGACCCGCCGAAGCUGUCCGCUUCCUUCCUUUAUCGCUUCAGGUACGAGGAUCUAACGCGGCACGUUGUUUGCCGGCCGCGUCAGCGAGCAGACCCGCGUUCCAAAGGUACGUCGUCCGUUGCGAGGCCCCGCCUCGGGGCCCGAUAACGAGGCCGUUGAGAGCGAGCCCUGCCGUAGUAGCUCUCCUGCUUUCAGACUAGCCCUGGACCGCCGGGAUCUCUCAGCCAGCCUGAUUUCCGGUCCUUUUAUUUGGGGAUUCCUGCGAAUUCCGACCAGGCCUCGAUUGCUACCACUGCCCAGAUCUGAUUUGUUCCCGAAGGACUGCUUCGUCAUGGAACUGCUCGCACCUGUCAUCUUUGGUCUUCUCGCCAUCAUCACGAGGGUAUCCUGCCAAGGAGCCGGAGGAUAUGACUUCAAUGCCCAAAGCGAAGGACAGCUGAUCGGGCAACUGUCGCCUCUGCAGGUGGCCGGCAUCUCGAUGGUGGUGGUGGCCUGCAUGGGAGCCACCGUGGUGUCCGUGUUCUUCUGCUACUACGUCUACAAGAAGAACCAGGAGAACCUCGUCCUGCCCAAGUAUUGAGACUCACCCGCCCCCUCCCCUCUUGUACAUAGCACCAGGCUUACCUGUACUGCCCAGCUCACUCCCGGUAUGCAAACAUGUGGCUGAAGUUUUAAAUAAAUAAUUUUUUUUCUCGUUCCCGCUCGUCAA